AUGACCAGUCCAAGCCCUACGGAAGAAGAAGCCCACGACGAUGCGGAGGCCUCCAAGGCACAAGUUCGUUUCGACGUGAAGGGGAAGGAACCAAUGCGUACAUCGGAAUCCACCCCCGGUCCGUCUAACUGGACUUCCAAAGAGUCUCAGGGGAAGAGCUGGAGCCAGACAGACAAACCUCACAUCAACUCGAUUGGUUGGGGCAACGAAGCCUCCGAAGGGUACGUGGAGACCGAACCCAAGGAGUCAGCGCAAAGCCUCUUGGACAAACAAAGACAGAGGUUUUCGAGCGACGACGAAGCGCUGGCGUACACUCUCAAGGAGUCAAUCAGAGGGCUGCAGGGAUUCAGUAUAGGCGGCGACUCCCCUAGCGAAGAGCGCCCGACUAAGGAAGUGGAGCACCCGUCCUUCCAAGCCUGGGUUGAGGACGACCAGCGGAUGUUCUCUGGCCCGAGCAAUGCUCCGUCGAAGGAAUCGAUACAACCUACGACAUCUCUGGAGCAGAGACCUGAAACCCCUAUUGAAGCGUUUGACAGCUCUGUGGAGGAAGAGGAGGAAGAGGAGGAUGUAGAUGGCGACGAUAUGAAGAUGGCUUCCACCGAGGAAGGGUGUCCGGGCUCUAGGGCGGAAAGCUACGAUGAAAAGCAAGUACAACAAGCGGCCUCAGAAGCUUCGCAACGAGAGUCUGAAAAGCGCAAUGUCAGGAAUGGGAGCGAAGAUGCUGGACGUGUAGACAGUGUGAGCAUGAAGGAAAAGGCCACGCCGCCGGAUGACGAUCCGGACGAGUUGUACUGCUCCCAUUGA